AUGGACGAGGAACAUCUCCACGAUGACCUGCACAUCUUUAAAGGGGAACCGUUUUUCACAUCUCUUGUGUUUUAUUUUAAAGACAGAAGCUUCUUCCAGCAGAAGCUGAGGUCCUUUCUCACGAUUUACCUUCUGCUGGCGCUCUCCUUCUUGCUGAUGAUCACCCUGUUUGCGGUGUCGCUCUCCAGAGUUUCUGCCGUCUCUUCUAAACUCAACGAGGUGCACACAGAGAAGAAACUGAACUUUUCCAACAGGGAUUCCCUCUUGUUUCCCUGCGGACCUGAAGCCAGGGAGUGGGAAUACUUCGAUGGCAAAUGCUACUACUUCUCCAUAGACAGAAUGAGCUGGUACAAGGCAAAGACCCAGUGCGAGGAGAUGCACUCGCGCCUGGCCAUCAUUAACAGCUUCGCCAAGCAGAAUUUUGUCAUGUUCAGGACAAGGAAUGAGCGCUUCUGGAUUGGGCUGACGGACGGGAACUCGGAAGGGGAGUGGGAAUGGAUCGACGGGACCGACUACAAGAGCACGUUCACAUUCUGGAAGGAGGGCGAGCCCAACAACAGCGGCAACAACGAGGACUGCGCCCACGUCUGGACCUCUGGGCAGUGGAACGACGUCUACUGCACCUUCGAGUGCUACUACCUCUGCGAAAAGCCUGUGCCCAACUGAGCGGUGCCGAGCAAAGCGGCGUGCCGGUGCCCUGGCACCCCAAAUGUUUCCUUUCUCUUCUUAAUUUAUACUAUCCUGCCCGUUUCCUGCCGGUUCCUCUCGACCGCCCUGUCCUGCUGGGGACGGGGUUGGACUUCCAUGGUCCUAAGCAGGAAUCCAGCUUCUCCAUGGGGAGCUCGGCCGAAUAAAGGAGGAUUAUUGCUCUGGA